AUGGGAUUUACUGAACGACAAAAAAGUGAAUUUAAGAGUCUGACAAAAGAAAUUACAAAAGAAAUAUUGUUCGAGUUUAUGAAUGAUAAGGUUUUUAUGGACUCUAUUGCAAAAAAGGUUGCUGAAGAAUAUAACAAACAAAUAGAGAAUCUCACGGCAAGAAUUGAUGUCAUGGAAACGAAAAUUUCCGACAUACAGGGGGAGAAAGAGGAGUUCUCUAGGAGAGUUGAAGACUUGGAACAAAAAAUGAGGUUGGACCAAUUACGUUUCUAUGGCCUACCAGAAUCACAUGAUGAGAACUUGAAAUCUACAUUGGAAAAAAUAUUCUCAUCAAAAUUGAAAAUUAAUCCAACCAUAAUACAAUGUUACCGUAUUGGUGAACGAAACCCUGGUUCCAAACAACGGCCUGUUAUCAUAAAAUUCGCAAGUACUCAACAAAGGAAUGCAGUAUAUUCUGCGAAGAAAAAUUUCAAAGGGAGUAAUAUGAUAGUUGCUGAAGAUCUGAUCAAGAGUAGACAUGAUUUGUUGAUUUAUGCCAAAGACAAGUUGGGAAGGGACAAAGUCUGGACGACUGACGGGAACCUGUAUACUAUGUUUAAUGGAAAGAGAUUUGCAUUGAAAUCAGAAGAGAGCAUCACGAAAUUAUUUGAAUAG